CGUGGAGCUCAAUCCCUUCUGUCCUCGAAGGAGAACUGUCAUCCUGCAUUGUUGUGGAGAGAAGCCAGAGGCUGCUCGGGAAGAAGGUGUAGUUGGGGGGAGGAGGGGUACGGGUUCCCUGACACCGAAUUCAUUAUUGGGAGAUUCCUCUUCGCAAUCUCUCAACACCUCCCACAGGAAUCACGGGCCAGAAAUGUCUGACAGCCUCUGGAGGGCCGGCACUGGUGGCACUUGUGCCCGGCUUCCUGCCCGCCCACUGUCUCGAGUCCCUCCCCUCAGGUCCCUCAGCCUGGAGAAACCUCUCCUAGGUUUAGCCUUGCGUCGCCGCCGUGUCCGUGCUCGGUGGUCAGCCCCCCUGCGCCCCGUCCUCUGCCCCUGGCGACCGUCCUCGGUUCCCCGCUGUCCGCAGAGGCCUAGCCUGACCCGCGAACCCAAACGGGGGGAGGGGGCGUCGGGCGUGGGGGGUGGGGGGGAAGGGCCAAUGCGGGGGCGGAGCCUAGGAGCCGGGCGCGCGGCCGGCGCGGGCUGACGGAGGUCAGCGGCCGCGGGAGCGGACCCAGGCGUCCGGGAGGCGGCUCAGACGCGGCGCGCCACCGGGUGCCCGCCGCCGCCGCCGGCUCCCGCCCCUGGGCCGCCCCCCGCCCGUGACGCGCUAUCCGUCCCUCCGCGUCGGAGCCCCAGCCCCAGUUCGAGCCCGAAACCCCAGCCCGAGCCCGAGCCCGAGCCCGAACCCACGGAGGGCGCUGGGCGGCAGGCGGCGGGCGGCGCAGGGAGCGCGGGCUGGAAAGGAUGCGAUCGCAGACGCGGAGCCGCCGCUGCGUCUGAGCCGCCGAGAGCACCGAGCGCCGCGUCGCUGCGGGCCCGGCGGCGCCAUGGGGAAGGAGCAGGAGCUGGUGCAGGCAGUGAAGGCGGAGGACGUGGGGACCGCGCAGAGGCUGCUGCAGAGGCCGCGGCCGGGGAAGGCCAAGCUCCUGGGCUCUACCAAGAAGAUCAAUGUCAACUUCCAGGACCCGGAUGGCUUCUCAGCCCUGCACCAUGCUGCCCUGAAUGGCAACACCGAAUUGAUCUCUCUGCUGCUGGAGGCUCAGGCUGCUGUAGACAUCAAGGACAACAAAGGCAUGCGGCCGCUGCACUACGCGGCCUGGCAGGGCCGGAAGGAGCCCAUGAAGCUGGUGCUGAAGGCAGGCUCAGCAGUAAAUGUCCCAUCCGACGAGGGCCACAUACCCCUGCAUUUGGCUGCCCAGCAUGGUCACUACGAUGUGUCAGAGAUGCUACUGCAGCAUCAGUCCAACCCCUGCAUGGUAGACAACUCCGGAAAGACACCUCUGGACCUGGCCUGCGAGUUUGGCCGCGUAGGGGUGGUCCAGCUGCUGCUAAGUAGCAACAUGUGUGCGGCCCUGCUGGAGCCCCGACCAGGGGACACCACUGAUCCCAACGGCACCAGUCCCCUGCACCUGGCCGCCAAGAAUGGCCACAUCGACAUCAUUAGGCUCCUCCUCCAGGCCGGCAUCGACAUUAACCGCCAGACCAAGUCUGGCACAGCCCUUCAUGAGGCUGCACUCUGUGGAAAGACAGAAGUGGUCCGGCUACUGCUGGAUAGUGGGAUCAAUGCCCAGGUGAGGAACACCUACAGCCAGACAGCACUGGACAUCGUGCACCAAUUUACUACAUCCCAGGCCAGCAAGGAGAUCAAGCAGCUGCUUCGAGAGGCUUCAGCAGCUCUCCAGGUCCGGGCUACAAAGGAUUACUGUAACAAUUAUGAUCUGACCAGUCUCAAUGUGAAGGCUGGGGACAUUAUCACGGUACUUGAACAGCAUCCAGACGGCCGGUGGAAAGGCUGUAUCCAUGACAACCGGACAGGCAAUGACAGGGUGGGCUACUUCCCAUCCUCGCUGGGGGAGGCUAUUGUCAAGCGAGCCGGUUCCCGGACAGGCAGCGAGCCAAGCCCACCCCAGGGAGGUGGCUCACUGGGUCCCUCCGCACCCCCGGAGGAGAUCUGGGUGCUGAGGAAGCCUUUUGCAGGUGGAGAUCGCAGUGGCAGCUUGAGCAAUGUGGCUGGGGGCAGGAGUACUGGGGGCCACGCCCUGCAUGCAGGCGCUGAAGGGGUUAAGCUCCUGGCAACUGUGCUUUCCCAGAAGUCAGUCUCCGAGUCCAGCCCAGGAGAUAGCCCGGUCAAGCCUCCUGAGGGCUCUUCAGGUGCUGCCCGGUCCCAGCCUCCAGCAGCCCAUGCUGGGCAGGUAUAUGGGGAGCAGCCACCCAAGAAGCUGGAAUCGUCCUCUGCCUCUGAGGGCAAGAGUGCUGAGGCAGUCAGUCAGUGGCUUGCCACAUUCCAGCUACAGCUCUAUGCCCCCAACUUCACCAGUGCUGGCUAUGACCUGCCCACCAUCAGUCGCAUGACCCCUGAGGACCUCACAGCCAUUGGUGUUACCAAGCCAGGCCACCGUAAGAAGAUUACGGCAGAGAUCAGCGGCCUGAACAUCCCUGACUGCCUGCCUGAACACAAACCCGCUAACUUGGCUGUGUGGCUGUCAAUGAUUGGUCUGGCCCAGUAUUACAAGGUGCUGGUGGACAACGGCUAUGAGAACAUUGAUUUCAUCACCGACAUCACUUGGGAGGACCUGCAGGAGAUCGGCAUCACCAAGCUGGGACACCAAAAGAAGCUGAUGCUGGCGGUGAGGAAACUGGCAGAGCUGCAAAAGGCAGAAUACUCCAAGUAUGAGGGGGGACCGCUGCGCCGAAAGGCACCCCAGUCACUUGAAAUGAUGGCCAUCGAGUCGCCACCCCCAUCUGAGCCUGCUGCAGCAGAGUGCCAGUCUCCUAAGAUGACCACCUUCCAGGACAGUGAGCUCAGUGGUGAGCUGCAGGCUGCCUUGUCCGGCCCAGCUGAAGCAGGUGCAGCUGCUGCCGAGAAAUCCUCCAACCACCUGCCAGCCACUCCGAGGACAACCUCGCGACAGGAGUCCAGCCUGAGUGGACGGGCUCGGCACAUGAGCAGCUCUCAGGAGCUGCUGGGUGAUGGGCCUCAGGGGCCGGGCAGUCCUAUGUCACGAAGUCAGGAAUACCUGCUGGACGAGAGUCCAGCUCCCGGCACCCCACCCAAGGAGGUGCGGUCUAGCCGCCAUGGCCACAGUGUCAAGAGGGCCAGUGUGCCCCCAGUGCCUGGCAAGCCACGACAGGUCCUUCCAUCCGGUGCCAGCCACUUCACGCCCCCACAGACGCCCACCAAAGCUCAGCCAGGCUCCCCUCAGGCCCUUGGGGGACCUCAUGGUCCAGCCACAGCCAAGGUGAAGCCCACCCCACAGCUGCUACCACCAACAGACCGACCCAUGUCACCCCGUUCCCUGCCUCAGUCACCCACACACCGUGGCUUUGCUUAUGUGCUGCCCCAGCCAGCUGAGGGUGAGGCAGGGCCACCCGCUCCAGGACCUGCGCCCCCACCGGUACCAGCAGCUGUGCCCACACUGUGCUUGCCCCCAGAAGCUGAUGUAGAGCCUGGGCGGCCCAAGAAACGUGCCCACAGCUUGAAUCGCUAUGCAGCGUCCGACAGCGAGCCCGAGCGGGAUGAGCUGCUGGUGCCUGCUGCCGCUGGACCCUAUGCCACAGUCCAGCGGCGUGUGGGUCGGAGCCAUUCAGUGAGGGCUCCUGCUGGCACUGACAAGAACGUUAACCGCAGUCAGUCCUUUGCUGUGCGGCCACGUAAGAAGGGGCCCCCACCCCCUCCACCCAAACGCUCCAGCUCAGCCAUGGCUAGCGCCAACCUAGCUGAUGAGCCGUCUCCAGAUGUUGAGACAGAGGAUGGCCGGCUGGGGGUCCGGGCACAACGCCGGCGGGCUAGUGAUCUCGCUGGCAGUGUGGACACAGGCAGUGCUGGCAGCGUGAAGAGCAUCGCAGCCAUGUUGGAGCUGUCUUCCAUUGGGGGUGGGGGGCGAGCUAUUCGCAGGCCCCCCGAAGGCCACCCCACACCUCGUCCUGCCAGUCCAGACCCGGGCAGAGUAGCUACCGUGUUGGCCUCUGUGAAGCACAAAGAGGCCAUUGGGCCUGACGGUGAAGUGGUGAACCGGCGCCGUACACUCAGCGGCCCAGUCACUGGACUUUUGGCCACUGCUCGCCGGGGACCUGGGGAACCUGCAGAGCAGAGUCAUUUUAUGGAGGAUGGCACAGCCCGACAACGGCUUCGAGGUCCAGCCAAGGGUGAGGCAGGUGUGGAGGGUCCUCCCCUUGCCCGGGUAGAGGCCAGCGCCACACUCAAGAGGCGCAUCCGGGCCAAGCAGAGCCAACAGGAGAAUGUCAAGUUCAUCCUGACAGAGUCUGACACAGUCAAGCGCAGGCCCAAGGCUAAGGAGCCUGACAUUGGGCCUGAGCCACCCCCACCACUGUCUGUGUAUCAGAAUGGCACAGCCACCAUCCGCCGACGGCCAGCCUCAGAGCAGGCUGGGCCCCCAGAGCUGCCCCCUCCUCCUCCACCUGCCGAGCCCCCACCCGCUGACCUGAUGCCACUGCCUCCACUGCCCCUGCCUGAUGGCAGUGCACGGAAGGCCGUGAAGCCACCCGUCUCUCCCAAGCCCAUUCUGGCUCAGCCUGUGUCCAAGAUCCAGGGCUCACCUACACCUGCCUCCAAGAAGGUGCCACUGCCAGGCCCUGGCAGCCCAGAGGUAAAGCGUGCUCACGGCACGCCACCGCCUGUGUCACCCAAGCCUCCACCGCCACCUACAGCGCCUAAGCCAGCCAAGGCUUUGGCGGGACUGCAGUCCAGCAGCGCCACUCCCUCGCCUGUGCCCUCGCCGGCGCGUCAGCCGCCAGCAGCCCUCAUCAAGCCAGCUAGCUCACCACCCUCGCAGAGCGCCAGCCCCGCCAAGCCCCCUUCCCCAGGGGCACCCGCGCUGCACGUACCCACCAAGCCCCCUCGCGCUGCCGCUUCAGUGGUCUCCGGACCCCCAGUAGCUUCAGAUUGUGCUUCGCCCGGGGACAGUGCUCGGCAGAAGCUGGAAGAGACUAGCGCGUGUUUGGCUGCAGCACUGCAGGCGGUGGAGGAGAAGAUCAGGCAGGAAGACGGACAAGGCCCUCGCCCCUCCUCCAUCGAGGAGAAGAGCACUGGCAGCAUCCUGGAAGACAUCGGCAGCAUGUUUGACGACCUGGCCGACCAGCUGGACGCCAUGCUGGAGUGAGGCAACCACCCACGUGGGCCCACCGUACUCCCCGCACUUUGACCUUUACCUCAGGACAGGCACUUCCAAGCGGUGGGUGGGGGCCGAGUGGGCGGGGCACGCCCAGCUCUGCACAAGCACAACUCCUACUCCUGGCCCAGGCUGGUCGUCAGCCCCCUGGCAUGGGGGUCGGGGGCGCUCCAAGGGCUCUGAGCAGAUGCGCUGCCCGCUGGUGCCCAUUCCUGUCUGCUGCUCCCUGUGCAACAACUGCUGGGCCCUACCCUUGCAGGCUUUGCUCUGCUGGCGGAGGGCUGCCCCUCCCUUGCCCUAGGCAGACUGAGCACCAAGGGAAGAUGAGGGGGGUGGUCACUGUGGCCCUCUCUCCAAUCUGGCAGAGCACAGGCCUAGGCCUAGCACAGAACUGCCCAUUGGGGAACCUCUGCCAGCUGCUCUGGCACAGCACAAGGGACAGGGGGGCCAAGGUUGGGCUCGCCCCACUGCACCCCAGAAUAUAAGCUAUCAAGAGUAUUAAUUUAUUGGGAAUGAGCUGAGGCAAAUUUCCCCAGAAAAACAAAAAGAUAACUUUAACAAAUAUAUAUUUAAAGAGAAGAAAUAUUAUUGAUUCUAUAGAAACCAUUUACCAACAGGAAGGUUACAAGUCCAGCUUGAGACUAAAGCUGUCAGAGGCUGAGGCCACCUGUCUGCCCUUCUCUUUCAUCUAGGAGUGGUCUUGCCCCUGGUCACGAGCACACCCGGGAGGUACAAUCUGGGGGGUGGCUCUGCCCAGAGCGUCUCCUCUGUUCUUCCAGCUUCCGAGUCUGAAGAAUGUGAAGGACGUGCCUUGCUCUCACCGGCUCUCCAUGCCACACAGGGCUCGGGAGGGCUUCCUUCUGGGUGUGGCCAUGCCCUUGGGGUGCUGGUAUAAGGGUAUACCCAGUGUGAACCCUGUGUGGGCAUAAGUGCAAGGGCAUGCAUGCCAGCCUAGGGGCAGAUGUGUGUUUGAGGCUGUGUCUGCUCCCGCCUCCCCAAGGCAGCCUCAUGAGGCAGCCACCCCGCCCACCCUGAAUUCCCAUGGACGUUCUGCUCAUGGUCUGAGGCUGUGUUGUGUAGUACCUCUCACCUUCUUUUCUUCCCUCCAAAAAAUACUGACUGGUCUCCUCUCGUGUUUGCUGAUCCACAAGUGUUGGGCAUAACAUUGACAUUUCUUUAAACCCCCUCCCCCCCAAAAAAGAAAAGAAACCCCAAAACAAAACCAUAAUUGUGGUGUAAGCUGGUGGAGGGGCCAACUAAGGUAGUGUGGACACAGGGCCCCUCCAACUGUCACUCCUGGCGCUUCCUUAUCUGAACAUGCUGACCAUUUAUCAGCCUCCUCUGUGUGGGCAGCCCAGGCUAGGGCUCUAGGAAGUGGGGAGGGGGGUCUGGACAGGGAGCUGCUGUCAGCUAUCAAUAAACAGCAGAAACAGA